AACACUAUUUAAGAUUGUUUAAGAUUUAAAUAUACACAAAACCUGAUGGAGAGCCACUUAAGCUGGCUGUGUUCUUUAACUUUAUUUUGGAUGGGAUUUUCUUUUUCUUCAUUGCCAUCUAUAGAAAUUGAUGAAUUUUUUUAGAUGUUUUGUGACAACAAUGUGUGGAUUUUCUACUCACUAAUGUCCAUGUGUGGUGGAGGUUGUGACUUGUAGCUUCUGAGUGAAUUCUGUACUGCUUCCCAUGUGCUAAAGCUCCAUCCACUGCCAGAUGUCUUUCUGCCUGACUGAGAUGUUUCUGUGGUCUUUGAGGACUAACUUACAUAUCAGAGAUGAAGAUAUUGGGAUCCACCAGUACUAUGACAAAAAAGAACCAGCAUCACAGAUGAAGCGUGGUUACUUAGAAGAGAAGCAAAAGCUAGCAGAAUCUCGAGAUUACCCUUGGAUACUGAAAAACAAACGACCAGACAAACUGCGGGAUGCGCUCAAGGAGGUAGAGGACUUGCUGCAAACCAGCCCAUGUGCCCUGAGCAAAUGGAAGAACAAACACAUCUGCCAGCUCCUCUUUCACUCAGGUAUACUGGUGUCCCUGAGCCUUUCUGGGCCACAGCUGGAGAAAGUGGUGAUUGACAGGACCCUGGUGGGGAAGCUCAUCUCCAACACCAUCAGUGAUGCUGUUCUUACAGACAAUUUCAUCAUCUUAUCAUUUGAGGACCGUAACCAACUCUGCUUCAUUCACUUUACAAAGAAGAUGGAUUGUCCCGACGUGAACAAAAGACUGGAAAAACUCUCGGGUUUGGACUUUAAGAUUUCCUACGUUGAUAUACCCGGACCGGAAGGUAGGAGGAUGAAACGUCACCUGGCAAUAAACUGUGUGCAAGAUAUGGUCCUUUGCUGGUGGUCAGCACCCAGUGAUGGAGCGUGGCCUUGGUCUCCUAUUGCCUGCGAGAGGGACAGAGCCAACCUAGUGCUGUUAGGCUGUGCACAUGGCAAACUGGAGGUCCUGAGUUACGUCCGUACGGAGUGGGAUCCUCUGGAUGCUGGCUUCGGCGCCAACCAGCCCUACCAGGUCCACACGGUGGAGCGCUCCCUCUCCGCGGACAAGGAGCCCAUGGCCGACAGCUGCCUCUACAAGUGUGGUGGGAACAGAAUGCAGUGUGUGGCCGUCACCCGAAUACCCCUGCGCUCCAAGGCCAUCAGCUGCUGCAGAGAUGCCACGGGAGACAAGCUGGUGCUGGGCUGCGAAGACGCCUCAAUAAUCCUGUACGAAGCCUACAACCGGGUGACUCUGCUGGCCCAAGCGGAGCUGCUUCCCACUUCCAUGUCCUACCACCCAUCCGGAGCCAUCUUUGUGGUCGGCAGCUCUCAAGGGGAGCUGCAGAUAUUUGACACGGCUCUGUCCCCAAUUAAGAUUCAGCUCCUGGCCCAAGACUAUUCACCUGAGGCAACUCUGCAGUUCAGUAAACACUUUGAGGUGCCCAGCAGCCUCGUCCAGAUCCAGUGGGCUGCUCCGCAGGUCACAUCUGCCAGUGCUGAUGGCACAGAUAUUAAUGACCUUUUGUUGGUCAGAUUCGACAAAGGACCCUUAGGAGUACUUCACUUUAAACUGGGUGUCAUCACGAGAGGACGGCUGGGCCCCGUGGAACUCAUCCACCAGUACAUCCGUUAUGACGAGAUACACGAGGCAAUUAAUGUCCUGAACACCAUGAACUGGAACACGAUGGGCCGUCAGUGCUAUGUGUGCUUGAGUGCCAUUGUCAAUCACCUUCUCAAACAAAAGCUCACACCAGACAGAGAAGCGCAGCUCGAGGCGAGCCUCGGAACCUUUUAUGCUCCAACAAGACCCCUCUUGGAUGCAACUGUGCUGGAGUUCAGGGACCCCAUCAGCAGAUACGCGAGAAGGUUCUUCCACCACCUGCUCAGGUAUCAGAGAUUUGAAAAAGCAUUUCUGCUGGCUGUUGACAUAGGUGCUCGGGACCUGUUUAUGGACAUCCAUUACCUUGCACUAGAUAAGGGUGAAUUGGCGCUAGCUGAAGUGGCAAAGAAAAAGGCUAAUGACAUUGAUGCAGAAUCAAUAACUACUGGAAUUGAACUUCUGGGGCAGUCAGAUGAAGAAGGCGCGUCUGGCGAAGCUUUCAUCGGCCGACCUUCAAAGCACAGAGGAGACCACGACCCUCCUGCUCCCGGUCCAGCCCUUGGACCACCAGCACAGAGCAGCGCCCACAGACCCACCAGGCACGGACAGGCAGAGGACACCCAGCGCAAGCCAGGAGAGGAGGGCCCCACCACCUCCCGAGUGGAGAAACCCUUUCCCAGCAGCCGGGGAGGAAAUUUGAGAGCGGUUCCUCCAGAGCAGCUUCCUGAAACUCCCCGAGCCUGUCCCUGCAAGCUGUCUGCCUGCAGGGCUCUCGCUUGAAAUGGGUAGAAAUGCUCCUAUGCAACGCGGCUGGAGCAGGGCUUCGCCUGUGGCUUUGAAUUGAGCCCAGCGCAUAAAAAAGGAAAAAUUAUUAUUAUCCAGUGCCUGCUGGAUGGGACCUAAGAAAGAACUUAUUGUCCUCCACCCGUGUUCAUCUCACGGGAGCCAUCCGGCGCUCCGCAUUGGCGCUUUCGAGAGUGAGACCACAGUAAGGAGGAGUGAAAUACUACCCUAUGGUUUCAUGACUGCUUUAAGCUGAUUUAGCUGCAAGGUGCUGCCAAAAGAGGUGGUCCAUCCCUUCCCCCACCGCGAACCUCCAAUCCUAUGUCCUCCUCCUUCUCCCGCGCCGGCUUGGGGGCUUCCACCCCGUGAGAAGUUCGCUGGAGCAGGAGAGGAGGAGAAGACCUCCAUGUAGGCAUGGAGACCCUACCCUGUCCCCCAAAUCUAUCGGCUUCCCCCCCUCCCCGUCUCCUGUGGGGACGUUCCCUCCUGGCCUGGUUUGGUGCCCCGGGUGGUUGGGUGUUGGUGGGGGUGA